AUGGAGGAAACAAAACUAAAAGCUCUGCCCCCCUCCAACGGCCCCCGACCUCACAGGUGUGAGGUCUGUCAACGGUCCUUUCGAGAAGUUGCCACGCUUCGUAAACACGAGCAGUUGCACCGUGCCGACCGACCGUACGUCUGUAACACAUGCGGCAAGUCCUUCUUGUGGUCAUCUAAUCUCAAAGUAAGUAGAGUAGCUUUCUUAACGUCAUCUAAUCUCAAAGUAAGUAGAGUAGCUUUCUUAACGUCAUCUAAUCUCAAAGUAAGUAGAGUAGCUUUCUUAACGUCAUCUAAUCUCAAAGUAAGUAGAGUAGCUUUCUUAACGUCAUCUAAUCUCAAAGUAAGUAGAGUAGCUUUCUUAACGUCAUCUAAUCUCAAAGUAAGUAGAGUAGCUUUCUUAACGUCAUCUAAUCUCAAAGUAAGUAGAGUAGCUUUCUUAACGUCAUCUAAGCUCAAAGUAAUGGCAUUACACUUAGUUGCACAUUUUCUCAGCAUCGUACGGUAAGCAAUUGGGAUCAUCUGAGAAUACGAUGGAUAUCAUUUGAGUGAGUUACAGAGAGAUUAGAGCUUGGAUAUCAUUUGAGUGAGCUUCUGAGAGAGUCGAGAUUGGAUAUCAUUUGAGUGAGAUUCUGAGAGAGUAGAGGGUGUGAGUUGAGCAUAACAAAAGCAUUUUGUUCAGAGGAUACAAGGUAUCAGCCAAUCAUAACAAAAGCGUUUUGUUCAGAUGAUGCAAGGUAUCAGCCAAUCAUAACAAAAGCAUUUUGUUCUGAGAAUACAAGGUAUCAACCAAUCAUAACAAAAGCAUUUUGUUCAGAUGAUGCAAGGUAUCAGCCAAUCAUAACAAAAGCGUUUUGUUCAGAUGAUGCAAGGUAUCAGCCAAUCAUAACAAAAGCGUUUUGUUCGGAUGAUGCAAGGUAUCAGCCAAUCAUAACAAAAGCGUUUUGUUCAGAGGAUACAAGGUAUCAGCGAAUCAUAUUUCAUAAAAUAACUUCGCUCAGUUAUAUAUUUUAAAAUUAUUUUUUACAACUAUUAUUAUUAUUAUUAUUAUUACUACUACUACUAUUAGGGGGCUGGGUGGGGAAAGGUUUAUGAGAGCACACAGAUGUGCAUUGUCUCCGCAUGCCGCCUACACGUUGAAUAUUGUACUGGUCAUGACAAUCUCUCGCUAUUGUUUCCCUCCUGCCAGGUUCAUGAACGGGUCCAUACGGGUGAGCGUCCUUACAAGUGUAAGAUUUGCCAUCGUUGCUUCACACAGUCCAACGAUCUACGACGCCAUGAACGCAACGUUCACAUGAGAGGCAAGAUUUACGGGUAUAAAACGGCAGGGAGACACAACAGCCAGGUGAGCCUAUUAAGACAUGGUUUUGUGAGACACAACAGCCAGGUGAGCCUAUUAAGACAUGGUUUUGUGAGACACAACAGCCAGGUGAGCCUAUUAAGACAUGGUUUUGUGAGACACAACAGCCAGGUGAGCCUAUUAAGACAUGAUUUUGUGAGACACAAAAGCCAGGUGAGACUAUUAAGACAUGGUUUUGUGAGACACAACAGCCAGGUGAGCCUAUUAAGACAUGGUUUUGUGAGACAAAACAGCCAGGUGAGCCUAUUAAUACAUGGUUUUGUGAGACACAACAGCCAUGUGAGCCUAUUAAGACAAGGUUUUGUGAGACACAACAGCCAGGUGAGCCUAUUAAGACAUGGUUUUGUGAGACACAACAGCCAGGUGAGCCUAUUAAGACAUGAUUUUGUGAGACACAACAGCCAGGUGAGCCUAUUAAGACAUGGUUUUGUGAGACACAACAGCCAGGUGAGCCUAUUAAGACAUGGUUUUGUGAGACACAACAGCCAGGUGAGCCUAUUAAGACAUGUUUUUGUGAGACACAAAAGCCAGGUGAGACUAUUAAGACAUGGUUUUGUGAGACACAACAGCCAGGUGAGCCUAUUAAGACAUGGUUUUGUGAGACACAACAGCCAGGUGAGCCUAUUAAGACAUGGUUUUGUGAGACACAACAGCCAGUUGAGCCUAUUAAGACAUGGUUUUGUGAGACACAACAGCCAGUUGAGCCUAUUAAGACAUGUUUUUGUUAGGGGUCGUUCGCAAAUUCCGUCAAGCCAAAAAAAAAUAAAUAAAAAAAAUCUUCCCCCGGUCACAGAGUGUGACUAAUCCCCCCCCCCCUUUUUUUUUUCUCCACAAACUUAGUAUCACGUCACACCUAAAUAAAUUUAAAACAUACAUUAAAUUUUCAUAACUAAACUAAGGUUUUAUUUUAUUCUUUAACAUUUUCCCACAAUGGAUUAAGAUGUGGUAUUAUAGAGAACUGUGAAGUGAAACGCAAAGCAAUGAAAUCCUCCCUGAGCCGAAUGUAAAAUGGCCACAACAGAUUUUGCGGCAUUUUUCGAUAUGCGCAGAAGGUGUGUGCGACUGAAUUUCUCGGAACCUAUAAAACCAGAGGCAAUUUUGACCUCAGGUUAAGGUUUUUAAAAUAAAUUGAAUAAAGAUUUUUCAAAAUUAGAAAAUCUUAGAUUUUUUUUUUUUUUUUUGCCUUCCCCCCUUUUUUCGCGCCCCCCCCCCCCCCCUUGCCCUGUCACGAUUGUGUACUCAAUUGAGUCGAGAAUCCACCGACUUUUGAUAGAUGAAUGAGUAUCCCCCCUUGUUAAGUUUAAGCUGUGUAACUGUGUACUUAAGUUAGGUUCUUAGGGAGGUGGGGGAGGCGGGAGAGGUCGUCGAAAUCCUGACAUGUUAAGCAUUGACGGUUUUACUCUCAAACCAAAAUGCGGACGCGCGACGAAGUUUGCGAAGUAAUUAACUGAUUUAAAGUUGGCCAACGAAAAUAAAUAGGCUGAGUGUGUGAAUCGACCACGUGAUGGAAAGAAGUUAUGCGAUGUUUGAGUGUAGGCGUGGCUUGUUCAUCAGUGCCCCUGUCUUCAUUGGCCGGGACGACUCGAUGGGCGGAUUCUACAGGUUACGGGUCCUCUCUCACCUGUUUGUUCUUUGGUGCUGUGGGGGUGGGCUUACUUCUCUGUCAGGGGUGUCGCAGUAAUUCAUGGGCAUGGCUUCUCGCAAGUACGAGAUGUAUGUGGGCGUGGCCUACUCUUUGAAGUAUUUUGCGGAGCACUGGCGCGAGGUGUAGAUUCUAUUUUAGGGCUUGGGGACGUUUGAUUCUUUGGCAGCUUUUCAAAUUAUUAGUCUGUGCAAACAUGUACGUUUAAAAAAAAAACAACAGCUGUCAAGCCACACAUUACAUAAAUGGUUCUGCUGAUGAAAUGGUCGUAAUGAAUGAACAUUUUUGGUGCUCCUCUUAAAGAUAUGUUUCUUUAUCAUUGAUAUUUUAACCCCCCCCCCCCAACCCCUUUUUCCUGUUUGUGUGAAUCAUUGCCUGCCAUCUUUCUAAACCAAUAACAAAUUUCCCUCCUUCUUAUAUUCAGAAUGACUCUCAACAGGUCAACCUGGCAGCCUACCAGGCCUUCGCCAUGCAGCAGCGGGCAUUGCUGCAGCAAGCACUCACCUACGAGUCGUACCUGCAGAAGGCUGCCGUGGGCGGCGGCCAAGCUGCUCAGUUGUAUCACCACACUCAGGGAAUGGGAGGGGCUGGCAACGCGCCCAUGGUGGGGCCACGCCCACCGGACCCCGCCUCCUCUCCCAGAAGUCCGCUCAAACUUGAACAGGCAAGUAGUUGGCCGUGUGUUUCAUUGGCCGUGUUUGUUGUAUGUCUCUAAAAUAAUUUCUUUUUUUUUUUCCCCCUGCCCUUUUAGUCUAAAGAUGUCUUGGUGUCGCCAUUUAUUUUUGCUGAACCCUUUUUGCAUGCUUUGGUAUUCACGUACAAUUUCCACCCAUUGACCCAUGCAAUACCCUAGGAUAGAAACUGUAGAGUUGAACAAAGGGUUUAGAAUUUCUUUUUUUAAACAUUGUCCUUGUAAAAUUGAAAACCACAAAAAGAAGGUGGUGAAGUUGAAGAUAUCCAACUGUAAAAUAAAAAACUUCUAUAAUACUCUUCCAGGUAACUCCCCCUUCAACACCCAGUGAUAUGGAGGCCAGCGGCCAUGAGAAAAGGGCCCUAAGUCAUGGGUCCCCUCACAAUCAUGAGGCCCUACACUCCCCAGUGAGGGCCAGCUCGCUAACCUCUAUGCCACUUGUGUCGGUAGGGGCCAUCCAAUCACCCCCUGCUCACUUGCCCAGCCAUUAUUCACAGAUUGUCAAGGUGAGGGUCAUGCACUCAGUAAAGUAGAACUUUAACUCUGCCUCCCUUUCAGGUUGUGAGAUCCCCUGUAAAACUUACAGGGAGAAACAGACAUGGACUUGGCGUUGUUGUUUUCUUUCUAUCGUUUCUUUCUUGCUUUUUUCUUGCUGUUUUUUUGUUUUUGUUUUUUUUUUAAUUAAAAAAAAAAACUUUUUUUUUUUAAAUGGCUUUUUUCAUUCUAUGUUUUUGGGCAUAAAAUUCCAAAUUAAUAAAACCUUUGUAAUUUUGAGAAGUAAUUUUUGAGAUUUGAGAAGUAAUUUUUAGAACCUGUCAAGGUAGAAAGAUAUUUUGAUCUCCUUUAUUGUAAAGUUAACGUUAAAACUUACUUAAAAGUUAGUAAUGUAAAAAUGCACUAAAUAACAAUCUCUUAGGGGUCAGUGGGCAUCUCAGAUCGUCCAGAAAAGCAUAUUUUACCUUCCUGAAACUUUUUUCUGACAAAUGAUAUUUUGAUAUUUGACAAGGUGUCUUAAACAAUGAGUCUUAAACAAGGUGUCUUAACUUGCAGUGCUGUAGGCAGAUGUGUGGGCCAAACGUUGGCCAGAGAAGACAAUGGAUUAAUAAACAUAAUGUAAUAUUUUCAAACAACGCUAACAAAUGUAUUGAGCAGACAUACGAAGUUGUAAGCUUUAACACAGCUCUGUAGAAUUUAGAAGCAUUUAAAAAAAUGAGCCGCUUGUUGGUAGUGGAAGAAUGAAGAGAGUACAACAGCUGUUUCCUUGUCUUUGACUACAGCAUUGGUAGCAGGCAUCAAGUUUCUGACUCGAGCAGAAAUAUUGUUAACGAAUGUGCGUCGACCUUUAACAAGACGAUAACAUGUGAAGUAUUGCUAGAUGUCUCUGCUGACAAGAUAUUAAUAAAACAUAUGCUACUGCCUUGCGUGGCUUUGAACAGCCUAUCGCCAGGUUAUUUCUUGUCACUUAUAAUCCAAACAAAAGGCAAACACCACCAGAUAGGCGAUGGGCCCAUUUUCCUAGCACUUUUUGAAAACGCAAUUUUAAACAAAAGUUAAUUAACCUGCAACCUUUUGGCCAUUUCCCAUUUGAUUGAUUUAAACUUUAUAAAUUUGCAAAAUUUACAGUUUUUUUUUCUUUCUUUCCUUCUAAUUGUUUCUCAAUUUCUAGACGGAUGGUAUGGAUCUACCUCAUAGUCGUGCAGGGUCCUUGCCUUCAUUCAGCAGCUUCAGACCAAUGCAGAGAUCAGCUGAAGGCCUCCAGACAAUACCACUGGGCUCAAGACACCACCUACCUCCGGGCCACAGGCCCCACCCUCAUUUGGCGGAUGGUCACAGUCUACCUCACCCCAACCUCAGGCUUACUCAGGAGAUGAUCAACUUUCAUCAUCAGCAUCACAACAACAACAACAGCAGCACCAGCAACAACAAUAGCAACGGACCAAUUUCCACGCGCCACACCUCGCCCCCAAUAUCACCUCAGGGAAUGUCGGACAGGGAGAAAGAUAUAGAGCAGCAGGGGAGAAGGAGCAGGGAGAGGGAAGAGUUCAGGCAUCUUUCGAGGGGAGAGGAGGAUCCUCGUGAGUUUGAACACAGUCGGGAGAGCGACAGGGAGAUGGCCGGCUCACGCCGGGAUGAAAGCUCAAGCAGGGAGUAUAAUCACGAAAAUGUCAUGGAUCAUAAGAGAGAACCCAUUCAGGGCCAGACGAGCCCCGUAGACUACCAUCACCCCAUUAACAAACACAGAACCAGGGAAAUACAUGAGUCACAUAGCACGGCGCCAUCACGGCCCUUGGAGGAUGAGAGGCACAGCAAAUCAUACCCAUGCGAUUCUGUGAUGGACUUAAGUAUGAACAAAUCCUCCCACUCACCUCCCUCGAGAGCGUCCAGCACCGCCUCCUCCACCGUGGACAAGGAGGUUGCCAUUGUGGCGAUGCCGCCUCCAAAAACACCUACUUCCGUUGGAACCGAAUCGGAAUCGGAACCCGGGAAACGGGACGUCACCACCACUUCUGCCACUCCAACAGCCGACAGUGGGGGUAUCCACCAUUGCCAGCACUGUAACAUCUUCUUCUACGACUACACCAUGUUCCACUUGCAUGAGAGCUUGCACAUGCCCUACGAGGAUCACCCUUUCCGGUGUCCGUCUUGUGGCACACACUGCCAGGAUAAGAUAGAGUUUAUGUUCCACACGGUGUGGCAUGUAAAGUACCCACAUACUAUACCUAACUACACACCAUUCAGGGAGGGAUUUCUAGCAUCCCCUUAAUUGUAAGUACUUGAAUUUUUUUUAUUUUUUUUUAUUUUUAAUCUUAACUCUAUAAUUAUAAUAAAGUAAGUGGUAGUUUGGUCAUAUCAAGUGACAUGAAGCUAACAGUUGCUGAUAGUUUGGUCAUUUCAGUUGACCUGAAACUGGCAAUAGCUGAUAGUUUGGUCAUUUCAGUUGACCUGAAACUGGCAGUUGCUGAUAGUUUGGUCAUUUCAGUUGACCUGAAACUGACAGUUGCUGAUAGUUUGGUCAUUUCAGUUGACCUGCAGCUAAGAGUUGCGUGUUGGGUUGAAGAUGUGCCUGUGCUCUUGAGGCUUGACCUCCCAACUUAGUCUCUGUAUCACCUGUAUGGCAUGGAUUGCAACUGAGAAACUAUAAAUUAUAAAACGUCAUGCAAACUCUUCAAAAGUUCACUAGAUUUGGGGAAUUAACGAACAGGAAAGUAACUGAAUUAAAAGUUUCUAUAGAGAAGUAAUUGAAGAAAUAUUGUGAUUGACAUGAUCUUAAAGCAGGGUUUUAAAACUAGGCAUGGAAGGAAAGUUCUAUCACAUAGUAAUAGAGGUAAAAGUUUUAUGGACAAGGCAAUGGGGAAAGGUUCUUUUGUAUUUUAAAAUUGUAAAGAAAUGAGUGAUAUAAAUAUUGUGUUACAAUAAUUGAAUUAAAACCUACUUGAUUAUUGAUUCAAUAAAAACGGCAAAUGGGUGGGAUGAUGCCCAUGGUACAAAGUAUAGAAAGUGAGUGGGAUGAUGUCAUGGUACAAAGUACAGAAAGUGAGUGGGAUGAUGUCAUGGUACAAAGUACAGAAAGUGAGUGGGAUGAUGUCAUGGUACAAAGUACAGAAAGUGAGUGGGAUGAUGUCAUGGUACAAAGUACAGAAAGUGAGUGGGAUGAUGUCAUGGUACAAAGUACAGAAAGUGAGUGGGAUGAUGCCCAUGGUACAAAGUACAGAAAGUGAGUGGGAUGAUGCCCAUGGUACAAAGUACAGAAAGUGAGUGGGAUGAUGCCCAUGGUACAAAGUACAGAAAGUGAGUGGGAUGAUGUCAUGGUACAAAUGUACAGAAAGUGAGUGGGAUGAUGUCAUGGUACAAAGUACAGAAAGUGAGUGGGAUGAUGCCCAUGGUACAAAGUACAGAAAGUGAGUGGGAUGAUGUCAUGGUACAAAAUACAGAAAGUGAGUGGGAUGAUGCCCAUGGUACAAAGUACAGAAAGUGAGUGGGAUGAUGUCAUGGUACAAAGUACAGAAAGUGAGUGGGAUGAUGCCCAUGGUACAAAGUACAGAAAGUGAGUGGGAUGAUGCCCAUGGUACAAAGUACAGAAAGUGAGUGGGAUGAUGCCCAUGGUACAAAGUACAGAAAGUGAGUGGGAUGAUGUCAUGGUACAAAUGUACAGAAAGUGAGUGGGAUGAUGUCAUGGUACAAAGUACAGAAAGUGAGUGGGAUGAUGCCCAUGGUACAAAGUACAGAAAGUGAGUGGGAUGAUGUCAUGGUACAAAAUACAGAAAGUGAGUGGGAUGAUGUCAUGGUACAAAGUACAGAAAGUGAGUGGGAUGAUGCCCAUGGUACAAAGUACAGAAAGUGAGUGGGAUGAUGUCAUGGUACAAAAUACAGAAAGUGAGUGGGAUGAUGCCCAUGGUACAAAGUACAGAAAGUGAGUGGGAUGAUGUCAUGGUACAAAGUACAGAAAGUGAGUGGGAUGAUGCCCAUGGUACAAAGUACAGAAAGUGAGUGGGAUGAUGCCCAUGGUACAAAGUACAGAAAGUAAGUGGGAUGAUGUCAUGGUACAAAGUACAGAAAGUGAGUGGGAUGAUGUCAUGCCCAAAAAUAGUUUUAGAAACACGUAACAUAAAUGGUAUCAUGUUAAGGAAAUGUAUUUAUUUCUCAUUUCUCUAUUAAAUCCUAAGAAUACGUUUAUGCUAAUGAGAACUGGGAUUAUGUUAAUGAGUUAUGUGAUUAUGUUAAUGAGUUCUGUGGGGGCCAACCAUUAAUGCCAUCGGGGAUAAUAUCAUUAAAAAAGGGGGUGUGUCACAAAUUUAUGAUGUCAUAUAAGGAUAAGUGUCUUAGUUUUGUGAUAAAUGUAUGACAAUGUGGGGGUGGGGGUGUCAAAUCUGCAAAAAUAAUCGACUGUCCUUUAUGGAUGGCCACUUAUGUCAAUAAGUUUUGUCAUAUUUGAUACAUCAAUAAGUUAUGCAUGUAAGAAAGUGGACCAUUGAAUCAUUUGCUAACCCAUGGCUCACUGUCCUAGCGGAGUCAUUUGCUAACUUAUGGCUCACUGUCCUAGCCACACACUAUUUGCUAACUUAUGGCUCACUGUCCUUGCCACAUACUAUUUGCUAACUUAUGGCUCACUGUCCUAGCCACACACUAUUUGAUAACUUAUGGCUCACUGUCCUAGCCACACACUAUUUGCUAACUUAUGGCUCACUGUCCUAGCAACACACUAUUUGAUAACCCAUGGCUCACUGUCCUAGCCAGCCACACACUAUUUGCUAACUUAUGGCUCACUGUCCUAGCCACACACUAUUUGCUAACCCACUCUUUCUUAGAAGAGUUGACUAACUCUCAAUCACAUAGAUGACAUUUUUUAUUGUUUUUUGCUAAAUCAUAUUCUGAUUCGCUCAUUGCUAUAAAUAUUUUUUUUUUUUUAAAUUUCAGUUUUUUCUACCAAAGACCUAAGUGAGGCAGUGAAGGUGUUGCUCAAAAGCUAUCUCCUAUUAGUUUCCUUGUAUUAUACAUGACGACAAUGCUGUCUGAGAAAAUAACUUGAAGUUGGUUCAUGUUAUAAUUUUUAAAAUACUGAACAUUAUUGAAGCCAUGCUGACCAUUUCUUGAGCAUUACAUCUGGAACAUUAGAGCUGCUAACUUAUUUAGGAUGUAAAACGUGAAGAGAUGUUAAAACUACAAUGCAAAUAGAAGUUUGGACGCUACAAGACUUUUAAAAAAGGAAGAAACAAAAUUUUAACUACAUGACUAACAGGAGAAAUGGUGAGUUGAAAUCUCCAACAAGGGAAGUUGGGAACUACUACCCAGAAAAACAUCAAACAACAGAAGAUUGGAAUUACAACACUAAGAGAGCAAAACCUUUGAGGUAUUGUCACCACUGGUACACUACAACUGCAUAGAGAUGUGCUGCAACUACAAAGAGAUGCGCUACAACUACAAAGAGAUGUGCUAUUACAACUACGAAGAGAAGUAUUUGUGUAUAUUUUGCUAUCACCAACAAUGUUGUUAGCAAUGACCUACCCUCUCAUCUUGUCCCGUCAAGCCAUGUUCAUUAAUGUGUACCCAAUCUAUGUUGUUGUAAGAAAUGUCAUUACGUUGAUAUCAAUAAUUCAAGUGAAUAAAACUGAUUAUCACGCCUGCAAGGUAGCUGCAGAGCAACAGUUCUGUUCUCCAGGGUGGUGAGCAGCCACAGGGUGGUGAGCAGCCACAGGGUGGUGAGCAGCCACAGGGUGGUGAGCAGCCAUAGGGUGGUGAGCAGCCACAGCAACCCAACUUGAAGGAAACAUUUAUCUCUGCCCCAUCCCAGCCACAAUUUUUUUUCGUGUGUUUGCAUCAAUAUAAAAAAAAAAAAACAUCCAUGGAAAGCAAGAAGGAGCUUGCCAUGGCAACAUUGUUUUUUUUUUAAAUGGCUCUCCUUGGUUCUUAAGGGAUGACUGAUGCUGGCUUUAUUGAAGUUUUGGCUGCUUUAUUAAUUACCUCAGUGCAGUGG